AUGUUGACAGAGUUGGAUGAGUGGAGGAAUGAAGCGUAUGAGAGUUCCCGUAUUUACAAGGAAAGGGCGAAGAAGUUUCAUGAUUUGAGCAUUCGCACAAAGGAAUUCAAGCCGGGACAUGAGUCUAGAUGGAGAGGUCCAUAUGUGGUUCACAAGAGCAAUUGGAAUGGGACUUAUGAGUUGCUUGCAUCGAAUGGGUCCACUUUCACUGUUAAUGGACAUCGCCUCAAACCGUACUUCAAAGCUGAGUUGGACCACGACGUGGAAGUGAUUAUAUGUGAUGUUGAUUGUGGCAUUGAUAAUAUUCAUGAGGCUUUGUAUCUUUUGAAAGACUUAGCAUGA